AACGAGUGAUAACACAAAUGAACAGAUGAACAAAGGACAAACUGACUGUGAGACUGACGGAGACACAGUUGGUUUCCAGUCAACUUCCAUUAAAAACUUUUCAAAAUGGAAGUAAUUUAAAAAUACAUUGCUAUUACAAUUUGGGGAUUUCACAUAAUUUAAUUCUACUUUGAGAGACUGAAACCUCUUUCCCGUGAAUAGAAGUUGGCUGAUAUUUGAGUUUGGAAGCGAGUGAGUUUUGUGAGUUUGAGGUGAAGUGAAGGAAGAGUGAGUGAAGGGAAACAAAGUAGCCUGGGGUGGAUUGCUGAAUCAACGGAGGAAUUAAAGCUAUCAAGAUACGACACAGGCCGCCAUAAGGAGUGGAGUAGACCAGUAAGAUGGAGGAACUGAAAAGCAGAGCAAAGAAAAUACAGGAGAGACAGAGCGAUACAUGGGAUCCAUUCCAGCUGAACCCAAUAGGAGCUGAGAAGGAAAGCAAGAGAACAUGUUUCCAACUGGCCCAGUACCUGGUGGCUGCUAUUGUGGGGUUAGCUGUCUUGACCAGUGCUGUUAUCUCUAAGGGCUGUCUCUUGGUGUUGUCAACAAUGUCCAGUCCAGCCUCAAUGCGCAGUUCAAAGGAAAAACAGUUCUACAUGCUGAUGUUGGUUUUCUGCCUGGUGUGCCCCAACUUCCUGGUGUUUCUUAAAUCACUGUGGAGGUGUGCCUUCAAGAGCUUUGUACAGCCCAACAUGAAGACCAUGUCAGUGAUUUGUGUCAUUGAGUGUUUGGUAUCUCUUGGUACUUCAAUCCUGGUCCUCGUCGUUAUGCCUCAGUUUGAUGUGUUGACUAAUCUGUUCAUCAGCGGAGGAGUCUGUAUUGUGUCUGCCGUUCUGCAGAUAGCAUACAGACUACAGAGAGAAAAAUGGAAAAUCAUUUUCCCAAUCUGCUCCCUCAUUCUCACAGUUGCCGGUUACUGCCUCCUGGGGGUCGACUACUACGUUCGUGUAACGUCAUUUGUGGAUAGACAGAGCAGCGACUGCUUUAUCUUUGUUGCAAUUGGAAUUUUCUCUUCGCUCCUCGUCUCUCUCUGCUGGUGGGAAAAUCCACUGCAAGCUACCAACCGUCUGAAGGAAACACUGUCAGAAUUGGACGGUUUCAGGGACUUUGUGUUUGUCAUCAGCAGUAUUCUCAGGAUAAUAGUGAUAGGAGGGGUAUACCUGAUCUACCAUGUGCUUAUUGAGAAAUCUAUCACCUGGUCAGACUUCAACCUGCAGGAUGAUGACUGGGAAUUACUGCAAGUAGGACUGGUGCUGUUUUUCUUACAGGCCUUCUGCUCAGCAGCCUGCCACUGGUUUGGUGUGGUGGCGUGUAAGAUCCACGCAGUCAGGAUGAGUUUUGCACUGCCAGUAUGUUGCACAGGACCCACAGUGCUACUGUUGGGACUGAUACUUUUCAUAACCCAGGCACAAGAAUUGAAUGGAGCCGAGCACGGGACCAUCACAGAGUUUUGUGAAAGCUUAGUCUACUUGAGCCAAAAGAACACAACCCCAGUGGUUUUACUGGAAAUCACAAGGAGCAUUUGUCGAACUUCACUCAACAGCUACUACUUGCAAUGGCCUUUUUCAAUGCUGGCACUGGAGGGAGUGUGUAUGUGGUCAGGAUUCGUCACAUGUACCUACUACGUAUGGAAGACCCAGGUCCAGCGUAUAGAGAGAACCUCUCAGCUCUUUGUUCGUCGACUCUAUGAAUCUGCUUUCAUUGACCUGUCUCUGCUACUCAACACCAAGAUGAAGUUGCCACGGGCCCGAAACCAAGAGAGCGCCGAUGACAUGCAGAAGUGUGUGAUCUACCUCUGUGCCACCAUGUGGCAUGAGACCUAUGAUGAAAUGCUGAAGAUUCUCACCUCCAUGUUCAGGUUGGACCGUUAUCGUGGUGAUCCACACCAGGACCAUAAGGACUGUUUUGACUUUGAAUGUCACAUUUUUGUGGACGAUGCCUUCAUGACUGAAAAGGGCACAGAAAAGAGGCUGGUUAAUUCUUACGUAGAUGACUUGGUCAAGGUUGUGAUAGAGGUCUAUAGGGUGUUUACCAACAAAGAACCAGAUGAUGUGUCAAUCAUUGAUACCCCCUACGGUGGCAGGCUGAUGUUUGUUUUGCCAGAAGGCAACAUGCUCUAUUUUCACUUAAAAGACAAAAAUCUGAUCCGGAACAAGAAAAGAUGGUCCCAGAUUAUGUAUCUGUAUUAUCUACUCGGCUGGAAGGGCUACAUUGUCAAGAACCCACAGAAGAUUGCACGUCAGAACAACCCAUGCAGAGACAGUAUGGUCUCUUUUGAUGGAGAGAUUUACCUGUUGCCUCAGUAUAACAGUGACGACAAGAGAAGAUUAAUCUCAGAUGACAACACUUACAUCCUGGCUCUGGACGGAGAUACGGACUUCCAACCUAAAGCUGUGAUUCUGCUUGUAGACAGGUUGAGGAUGUAUUACAAUGUAGGUGCAGCAUGUGGUAGAAUCCAUCCUACUGGUAUGGGUCCCAUGGUGUGGUACCAGAAGUUUGAGUAUGCAGUAGGCCACUGGCUCCAGAAGACAGCUGAGCACGUGUUUGGCUCUGUGCUGUGCAGUCCAGGAUGUUUCAGUCUGUUUAGAGGGUCUGCCUUAAUGGAUGACCAUGUAUUGAAGAGAUACACAACAACUGCAACCAGAGCUUCGGAAUAUGUGCAAUAUGACCAAGGGGAGGAUCGUUGGUUGUGUACUUUGUUACUGCAGCAAGGGUGGCGUGUCGAAUACAACGCUGCAUCAGAUGCAUACACCAACUCACCACAGGAGUUCAAAGAGUUUUACAACCAGAGGAGACGAUGGGGACCAUCUACACUGGCAAAUACACUGGACCUUCUGCACAGUGGUGCCGAAACAGUGAAGAGAAACUCGUCCAUUUCAAAGCUUUACAUCUUCUACCAGAUGUUCACUGUUGGUUCCUCUAUCCUUGGUCCGGCCUCUGUGACUCUUAUGAUAGCAGGUGCUUUCCAAUUUGUCUUCAAAAUCGCUGGAACACUUUCCAUCAUCAUCGCAAGCAUUCCUCCUGUGUUCUACAUCAUCAUUUGUUUUGUAGUCAAGUCUAAUACCCAAAUUACCAUCGCUGCCAUUAUGAGUAUUCUGUACGCAUUCCUCAUGACUGCCUCCCUAUUUUCUAUCAUCGGUGACAUGGUGAUUCAGGAAACCUUCCUGACCCCAACUGGCUUGUUUUUGGUUUCUAUGGCAAUCAUGUACAUGGUGACAGCUAUACUACAUCCGGAGGAGUUUGGGAUGAUUAUCUAUGGUCUGAUGUAUUUCAUCUGCAUCCCCAGUGGAUACCUCCUACUGACAAUCUACUCACUGGUUAACAUGAACAAUGUGUCCUGGGGCACAAGGGAAUCCAACAAGGGAGAAGGAGAAGUGAAGAAGAACCAAAAUAUUCUGUGUGACAGAAACUGUAAACUCUGCUGCUGGGACAUGAAGUUACAGAUAACACAGGAAACAGAGAAUCUGAUGAUUCGCCAGAUCACAGGCCAGACUGUACAGCAAGACCUUCCCAUUCCAAUCACCGCACAGGAUAUAACUCAAGAGGGGGCAGCUGCAAAUAUGGAGCUUCAAGCCAAAGACAACGCAAUCAAAGAAACUUUGAAUGAGGACACGGAUAAGAAAUCGCCAACUGGGGAUCCGAAAGUGAAGUCGGCAAAAGGCAAAGAUGUUGCUUCCGGUAGCAGUAAUGACAGUGUUGAAAAACUGAGCAUCAACUCAUAUUCAUCUGACGAAGAUGAUAAAGAUUCUGAUGAAGAUGAAAUUAACUUUAUGACUGGCGACCUUCAGGAGGAACUUCCUGUCAGAGACUGGGUGAAGCCAGUAAAAGAAGAGUUUUUGAAGAAGCUGACUUAUGCCAACCUGAAGAGAAAUCUACAAGCACAAAUACGAUAUGCACUUCGUAACAUAAAUGAGGAUGACGUGCGUGAUGACCUAGUCUUGAUGUUAACAGACACUAUUAGUAGAGAGCUAAGUGAUGUGGGGCCUGAGGAUAUCCUGUUGGAUAGUAAGCUGGAGGAAUUGCGAUAUGCACUGACAAAGCAGGCUCGCCAUACCCUGAAGACCAAUCAAAUGGUGAAAUUACAGAAGAGAGUAGAGGUAGCCAUUGACAAAACACUCAGGGCCCCGCAAGUGCAAAAACUGGAUGAGGGUGAACAGGACUUCUGGGAAAAGUUACUUGAGCGCUACUUGAGUCCUAUAGUCGAAAGCGCAGCACAUAAGGAGGAGGUCACCAGAGAACUAAAGUCACUGCGAAACAAGGCUGUCUUCCUGUAUUUCAUCAUCAACAUUCUCUGGGUGGUCGCUACUUUCUUCCUGCAGGCCAUUGGAAGUGACGUCAUCAGCAUCAAGAUCCCUAAAUACUAUCCAAAUGGAACUGAAUCUGGAGAAACUCUCAAGGUCGAGCCUCUCAGUUUGAUGUUCCUGUUUUCUUUUGCUAUUCUUCUUCUCGUCCAGUUCCUGGCCAUGUUGUAUCACAGGAUCUACACUCUGAUCCAUGUGGUGUCCUAUCGCAGCACAGAAAAAGACUACAAAGAGAAAGAAGAAGAGGAGGCUGCAGACUUGACUCUGGAGAAUCCCAAUACCAACGGACUUUUCAUUACCAAUGAAGACCUGUAGAAACUGUCAGAAGCAACCAACUGUAACAGUGAAACCUAAUAAUCACAAUAGUCUCUUACCACCUAAGGGCUGGUAUUAAAAUGUAUAUUUUUUCAGCUUUCACAAUCCAUAAAUACGGUACAUUUUAAUGAUCACACAGCACAGGGACGUCCCAGGAAAUAAUUUUGUCUUCAACUAUUCUGCAGCUGCAGUUUUGCCUCUCAGCUGGCAAGAUCUGAGAAUGGUCUAGCUGGGCAGGCAAAAUGGCACAAGGGAAAUCAAUUUUAACAGAUCUAAUAUGCUUUGUUUAGUAGUAUAAAAUGAGGAAUUAUUAAGAUGUGAGCUCAGGUUUUUUACCCAAUGGGAUAUCAGGUAGGAGUGUUUUUAAUGAGUGCUCUAUUUGAAUGUAUUUGUAUUUAUUCUAUUUGAUGUAUGGCUGUAUGCAUCUGGUCUAAACCAGUUUAGUUGUUGAUUGUUCUUUUAUUUUUGCUGGUGUGUAUGUUUUAUGGACCUUGAUGUAGAUGGAAGCAAAUCACUUAAAUUUGUUUACAAAAUGUAUAUCUGAGCUCCUUGUAAAUUCAUAUUAAACACAAAUACUUGUGCUGUGUGUUGCUCCCAGUACCUUUAAAGAUUUUUAAAUGCAAAAUUUGCCCAAUAAAUAAAGUAAGGAAUACAUUUACCAUUUUAUUGUUCAAAUAUUUUAGUUUCUGAUGUAAUUUACAAUGUUUCCUUUUUAUUACUGUGUUAAGAUGGUAUCAGUGUAAUUAUGUUUACCAAUUAUGCAUACCAAUUGUAACAAUGCACUUUACAAAGAAAUAUAAUUUUCUUGAACUGCUUGAAAAACUUUUAUUAAAAUAAAUGUCAGAAAUAGA